AUGUCAGCACCAGCUUAUUAUGAGUUAUAUAGAAGAUCAACUAUAGGAGUAACUUUAAUGGAUGCAUUAGAUACAUUAAUUUCUGAUGAAAAAAUUCAACCUCAAUUAGCUAAUAGAAUUUUAAUUAAUUUUGAUCGAAUUAUAGCUGAAAAUUUGAAAAAUGAAAAUAUUGUUGGUAAAUCUAAAUUAAUUUUUAAAGGUGAUUUAGAUACUUAUCGAUUUUGUGAUGAUGUUUGGACAUUUAUUAUUAAAAAUGUCAUUAUUAAAUUGAAUGAUGUAUCAAAAGAUAAUAAUAAUAAUAGUAAUGAUAAAGAUAGUGGUGAUUUAGAAUUAAAUGUUGAUAAAUUCAAAAUUGUUGCUUGUAAUUCUAGAAAAGCUGGUGAGAUGUAA